CUAAAUUUUGAAGGGGAUGAACUCUCUCGUGUGUGUUGUACUGGUGACCUUGAAAGAUGUCAGCAAGUUUCUAGGACGAUGAGCGCAAAAGAGAAGGAUAUAAAUUCAAUUCAGUUGGAAAAUAAUGUGUCUUUGGUUUUUGAACAGUCAUUCAAUAUAAGGAAUUGCAAUUAUAUAACGCACCCCGGUGAAUUGAACGAUGAAAGAGGAGCAUUUCGUGUGACGUCAUUGCCAUGAAAAACUGCUGAAAUCAAAUAGAUAUUAAAUGGCUGACAGAGCGAGAGAGGACUAGUAGCGCCGUGGGGCAAAGUUGAACUAAUAAACUUCGUCGUGUUUCCAAAAUUAAUCUAGGAUGUUAACGUCGAAUAAUCAGCGUAACCUGUCAAAUUGAUGUGCGGUAGUAAAUCAUGAUGAAGUUGAAAUGACGCAAGAAUAAUCCACAGUUAUUCGAAAUAGUAAAAGUUUCAAUAAAUUGGAAGAGGAAGGACUAUGGACAGCUGGGAUCAAGACUGGUAAGAUUCUGUCUACUGUGAGGCUUAAGUGAAAAAAGAGGCUAUGGAAGAGUAAUUUUUAAAACUGAAAAAAUCCUCAGUAAUGAAGAAUCGGACUCUGGACCUUGAUCAAAUUCCAGUAGAGAAGCAACUUAGUAAUCCUACACAGAAAAAAUGACCUAGGACAAGUCUCGUUGGAUGCGGAAUUACAUAUGCUUUCGAUUGGUUUGGCAGAAAAUAAACAAUAGGACAACACCGUGGCAACCGGCAAACAAAAUCGGUUGUUCUCAACUUCUUUUGCCAGCGAUCUCCAAAGAAGCAACGCGAAUUUUUAUUUUCGUUCUUGCCUUUUUGGCAAUUGCUUUUGGAAAUCCAAUUAAAUCAACCGAAGAUUCUCAUGUCGAGGAUUUUACAGGAAUGCGAUAUUGUGGACGUUGUCGCUAUUACGAUCCUGUUCCACAUGAAGCAGAUUAUGAAUCCGAGGAAGAAAAUUACCCAUUCUCACCAUCAAAGCUAAAUGUUAAUAAUGUUGAAAUAACUAAUAAUUAAAGCAAAUCUCUGCUUACAAUUUUAGUGUUAUAAAAGCAAUUAUGUAAAAUCAGAAGCUGUAUGCUUAUAAAAAAUUUCUUUGAAAACUACCAACAGUAUAUUUUAUAUUUAAAUAAUAAAAAUUCUAUAUUUAUAUUAAAGUUAA